AUGAAAGGAGGUUUCGAAAGUGAUUUAAUCUACUUUUCCCCGACCUCUCGCCUGCUCUACCAGCUCCUGAUCUACCCCAUAGUGUCCAUAGGAUUCUUCGCUAACCUAGGGGUGCUAGUCCGCCUCUUCCUCAUCCCCGGGAAGACCUGUCUGAAGCCCUUCUACAGAGCCUCACUGGUAUCCCUCGCCCUCUCCGACCUCCUCCUCCUGGGGACCACUGGGCCCAACCUCCUCGCCACCUUGUCCUCCAGCACAGUCCUCUGGCGCCUCCAGGAGUGGGCAUGCAUAGUCCUGCCGUUCCUCCAGACUGUCGCCGUCCUCGUGGCCUCACUGAUCCUCGCAGGAGUCGCAAUCGAUCGAUUUUCCGCCUUCAAACGGAAAAUCUCGAUCGCCCGGGGUCCCGGCUGGACCCCGACGAUCGUUUAUGUUCUACUUGUCUGGAGUGUAGCUGCUGGAGCGGCGUAUCCAGUUUUGGAUCUGUAUAAACCCCAGAGUCUUCAAAUAAUAAACAACUCAACGAUUUACCGGGGCGUUCUGUGUAUGAAUGAUCGAGAAAGAGCGAAAACAGCUUACAUCGGUCUAUUCAUCGUCAUCUUCCUGCCUCUCACCAUCGUCUUCCUCGCGGUACACAUCUUAUUGGCAGUGAGUAUCAACCAGAAGAAGUCACCAGGGGAAACUUCAAGGUCGGAGACUAAUUUUUCAAGUGAAAAUUCAACAGCGUCUACUGAUGUUGAACGACGUAAACCGGGGAUUCCCAAGAUUAGGGCUCCCCUUCCAGCGCAUGUGCAAAGGAAGCGAAGGACUAUUCGCGUGAUUCUUCUUUUGAUUCUCGUGUUCGUCGUGUGCAGGCUUCCUCAGUGGGCUUUUCUCCUAUUCAAGACCAUCAGCAUUAUGCGAGGGUGGAUCUGGUGGCACCUCCAGGUCAUGCUCUCCACCUUAUCUCUCUUCAACGCCGCCAUUCACCCGUUUUUGUACGCAUUUUUGAACGAGGCGCUGUCUAUUGUCAAUUGGAUUCGUUUAAUCUGCUCGAGAAAGCGAGAGUCAGUAGAUAUCGAGAUCACUGAGUCGAGGAUCAAGGAGAGGAGCUCCUCGGGAGAGCCUAACAUUCCCAGGAGGCCAUAGAGUCCUUACGGAUGUUCUGGCGAGAUAAAAAUCCCUUGAAAUUCCUCAAAUUUUGUUUAAAUAUUCUUAGAUAUAGCCUGAAGCCCUGUGUGAUGUUUUUUAUGUUUCAAAACCGUCGGUCGAAUACUAUAAAUAAAUCAUUCAAUAACGGAAGUGGGAAGAUGCACAGGUCGAGUGUAAAAAUGGAGCGAAUUCAGCAAUAAAUACAUCCACUCAAUAUUAUUUAUCAUUUAUUAUUAUCGAGAAUGACAAGCGAUUGCACGAAAAAUUAUUAUUCUUCGUGCACAAUUUCAUGAAAGGAGAUUUUUCGAAGAAAUAAAAAAAAAUCACACCCCAUGAUAUGUCAUAUUUAGAGUUCAAACUUUAUGAGCUUUUUAAGAUUAUCUCCAGGACUGCCAGCGGGUUCAAAUCGCAGCAGAUCGAGGGCUCGUGUCAGGUGACUGGCACGAGCUUCUCCGGGACAGAAUGAGAGUUCUCGAAGGGCUACAGCUGUGUACAGAGCCAGCCUUCCUCCAUAGGGAUCCAAGACGGAGGUUGUUUCCAAGAUUCUUCUGCAGAUCUCCAGCUUUCUUGGAUCGUUAGGGAGCAGGAGCUGAAUGAGCGAGUGGCCAACAGCUAUGCAGUGUUGGUGACCAGGAUGCAGAAGAACCAGAAGUCUAAAAAGUUGGUACAGAAUAUGGAACACAAGAUCGGUGAAUGAAAAUUGAAUUCUUCGAAAAUUUAUCAUUUUUUUCUGUCUUUUUUAUCGUUUUAUUUAUUUUCCAUUUUACCUCGAGUAUAAAUCACCUAGUGUUUCCUUCUUCGCCGACGCCAUCACAUUUUCAACGUCUUCACCGAGUCUCUCCGUCAACUCGACAACUUCUUGCGCUGUCAGAAGACCUGGAGAAGAAUCAAAUUAAAUUUUAUAAGUUGUUUAACGUGAGAAUGUUUCUGAGUCACCUGGA